AUGGCAUUGACUGAUAGACGUCCUAUGGCAUUGUCCACAAAUACACCAGUAUCUUCACCCACUUUCAAUCCAAACACAUUGAACAUUUCCAGUAGGAAAAACAAGACUAGGAGCAAUAGUUUACCAUUGCAUCCUACUGAGAAACAAGAUGCUACUGCCGAAGAAGGAGAAGAUAGCGGUGCAGAAGGAGUCAAGCAAGAUGAUAUGAUUGACGAUGAUGAACAAGUGGACCACGAUGAGGACAUGGACAAGAAUCUAAAACAGAGUGAGUCAAAUUAUACCACUUCAAACUUUGAAGAUGGCGACGAUUUAAAUCAUGAUCGGGAUCAUGAUACGAAAACCAGCGCAAGCUAUGAGAAUAAUGACGAAGAAAAGAAUGAAAAUGACGACGAUGGCAAUGGCAAUGGCAAUGAAGAUGAAGAUGAUGAAGAUGAUGAUGACGGGCACUCGAUUACUUCCGACUUAGGCAAGAUGGGUCUCGCUAAUGACUCAGAGACCUCGUCAACUUCAAGGAGCACUUCUCCGGAUUCAGUUUUGGACAAGAACAAGUCCAUCUCAAGAGAAUCUACCCCUCCCACAACAACCUCAACCCCUCCCUCAUCACAAAAUGAUCCAGCUUCUGAUGCAAAGCCAGCAGCAGCAACAACACCAGCAGCAACAACACCAGCAACAACAACAGCAACAGUCGAGAAACCCACAAAAAAGGCUAAAAAGACAAAGCCAAUCUCGAGAGCUCCUAUAGCUACCGGAAUCUCGACUGCAAUCCCCGUCACUGGAGAAAAACCAAAACCGAUCCAAGAAGGCGAUGCAUCAUUAGAAGAUGACGUCUUGUAUGCAAUAUUUGUUAUCCUUUACGAAAGAGAUCCCCAGGGCCAUGGAUUCACGGUUAAGCAGAUUUGUGAUGUCUUGACUGAGAAACAUCCACAAAUUGCCCAAUUGUCGACAAAGACCUCGAAUUUGGUGAGUGCCAAAUUGAAUGCCUAUGUCAAGAGAGUGGAAAAGGGCGAUACUAGUUUGAAAUAUGCAAUUUCGCGUGAUUGGGCCGAUGCGUCACCAAAGAGAAUGGUUUAUGUGUAUCGUGGAUUAUUAGCUCCUGGAUUUGAAGUUGUUGCAAAGAAAUUGACUGAUGAAUUGAAGCAACGGAGAAGUGAGGAGAAGGCCCAGGCUGCUAACAACAAUGGCAACAAUGAGAGAAAUGAUGGUGAUGGAGCCGAGGAUUAUGACCAUGAUCAAGAUGGUGUUGGCAGUGGCAGUGGCGGCGACGUUGCUGACUCUGCUGUUGAUGCUAAACCCUCUUCAUCCGGAGCCACGUCUCCCAAAUCUGGGAAAAAGAAUGCCAAAGACUUGCCAGUUUACACUUCAGCUGAUGACUCACUUGCAGCUGGUAAACAAGCCACCUUGGCCAAACCUAGAAGACAAACCAUGUUUGAUCUUGGAGUCACCAAAAACUCAUUUUUUGAAACUGGGUCUGGCUUUGACAAGACGAAUUUGUUUGUGCCUUAUGCUACCGCACCCGUUACUGCUGCUUUAGCCAGUGUGAAGGCACUGAAAAGGAGACCUUCAAACAUGAUGGAUCUUGACAUUGAGACAAGUGGGAACGUGGGGGGCAGCGUUGGUGGCGACAAAGACGGUGACGCCGAUGAUGAUGAUGAUGAUGAUGAUGAUGACGAUGACGAUGAUGUUGUUGAUGAUUUCGCCAACGUGUUUGCCGAUUCCGACGACGAUGACCUCGAUAAUGACAACUACAUGGUUGAAACCAUGCGCAAAAAUGGGAAACGUUCAAAAUCCAUGUCGUACUUGUCAAUGACGAAAAAGACAAAAGUGUUGACUGCUGCUGCCGCUGCUCCUAGAGCUUCUCGCGCACCUAGCUCACACAGCCCUAAUGCUGCUGCUGCCGCCGCUGCGUUGCAUGCCGCUGCAAUCAGGGCAAUUUCGAGAUCGUCCACCAACAUCAACGGCAGAAAUGGUGUUUCUCCCGGUUCAGAAAGUGCUGCUGGUUCUGAUUCUGGUUCUGAUUCUAGAUCUGGUUCUGGUUCUAGCUCCGGUUCUGGUUCCGAUUCAGGUGCUAAUUGUGCUGCCACUGGCUCACUUUGCGCAAACAAGAAAUGGUUGAGUGUUAUCAGAUCAGGAUUUUUGAGUCAAGAUAUCGGAGCACCUGAAGACACCAGUUUAUCAGACAUUGAAAAGUUCUUCACUUAG